GGGCGCCGCCGCUCACUGUGGGGCGGGCGGGCGCCGCGGCGGCGGACGAGAUGCGGGCGCGGCCGCUGUGGGCGGCGGUGCUGGUGCUGGGGGCGCUGGCGGGCGGCGGCGGCGGAGUGUCCAACAUCUGUACCACACGAGGCGUCCGUUCCUGCCAGCAGUGUCUGGCUGUGAGUCCUGUGUGUGCCUGGUGCUCAGAUGAGGCCCUGCCUCUGGGCACUCCCCGCUGUAACCUGAAGGAGAAUCUGCUGAAAGAUAACUGUGCCCAGGAGUCCAUCGAGUUCCCCAUCAGUGAGGUCCACAUCCUGGAGGCCAGGCCGCUCAGUGACAAGGGCUCUGGAGACAGCUCCCAGAUUACUCAAGUCAGCCCUCAGAGGAUCGCUGUCCGGCUACGGCCAGAUGAUUCAAAGAUUUUCUCCAUCCAAGUCCGGCAAGUGGAGGAUUACCCUGUGGACAUCUACUACUUGAUGGAUCUGUCUUUCUCCAUGAUGGACGAUCUUUCAAGCAUCCAGAACCUAGGCACCAAGCUGGCCUCCCAGAUGCACAAGCUCACCAGUAACUUGCGGAUUGGCUUUGGGGCUUUCGUGGACAAGCCCGUGUCACCAUACAUGUUCAUCUCUCCACCAGAGGCCCUCAAAAACCCCUGCUAUGACAUGAAGACCACCUGUUUGCCUAUGUUUGGCUACAAACAUGUGUUGACGCUAACUGACCAGGUGACCCGCUUCAAUGAGGAGGUGAAGAAGCAGAAUGUGUCGCGGAACCGAGAUGCCCCAGAGGGUGGCUUUGAUGCCAUCAUGCAGGCUACAGUCUGUGACGAGAAGAUUGGCUGGAGGACCGAUGCAUCCCACUUGCUGGUGUUUACCACUGAUGCCAAGACCCAUAUAGCGCUGGAUGGAAGGCUGGCAGGCAUUGUCCAGCCCAAUGAUGGGCAGUGUCACAUUGGCAGUGACAACCACUACUCUGCCUCCACUACCAUGGAUUAUCCCUCUCUGGGGCUGAUGACUGAGAAGCUAUCCCAGAAAAACAUCAAUUUGAUCUUUGCAGUAACUGCAAAUGUAGUCAAUCUCUACCAGAACUACAGCGAGCUCAUCCCAGGGACCACAGUGGGGAUUCUGUCUGCCAACUCCAGCAAUGUCCUUCAGCUCAUUGUUGAUGCGUAUGGCAAAAUCCGCUCUAAAGUAGAGUUGGAGGUGCGUGACCUCCCUGAGGAGUUGUCUCUGUCCUUCAAUGCCACCUGUCUCAACAACGAGGUCAUCCCAGGUCUCAAGUCUUGUGUUGGACUCAAGAUUGGAGACACGGUGAGCUUCAGCAUUGAGGCCAAGGUACGCGGCUGCCCCCAGGAGAAGGAGAAGUCCUUCACCAUCAAGCCUGUGGGCUUCAAAGACAGCCUUACGGUCCAGGUCACCUUUGACUGUGACUGUGCAUGCCAGGCCCAUGCUGAGCCUUCCAGCCCCCGCUGCAACAAUGGCAACGGGACCUUUGAGUGCGGGGUGUGCCUCUGCGGGCCCGGCUGGCUGGGGUCUCAGUGCGAGUGCUCGGAAGAGGACUACCGGCCCUCCCAGCAGGACGAGUGCAGCCCCCAGGAGGGCCAGCCCGCCUGCAGCCAGCGUGGCGAAUGCCUGUGUGGCCAGUGCGUCUGCCACAGCAGUGACUUCGGCAAGAUCACGGGCAAGUACUGCGAGUGUGAUGACUUCUCCUGCGUCCGCUACAAGGGGGAGAUGUGCUCAGGCCACGGCCAGUGCAGCUGUGGGGACUGCCUGUGUGACUCGGACUGGACCGGCUACUACUGCAACUGCACCACGCGCACAGACACCUGUAUGUCCAGCAACGGGCUGCUGUGCAGCGGCCGGGGCAAGUGUGAGUGCGGCAGCUGUGUGUGCAUCCAGCCCGGCUCCUACGGGGACACCUGUGAGAAGUGCCCCACCUGCCCUGAUGCCUGCACCUUUAAGAAGGAGUGUGUGGAGUGUAAGAAAUUUGACCGAGGAGUCCUCCAUGAGGACAACACCUGCAGCCAGUACUGUCGUGAUGAGAUCGAGUCUGUGAAGGAGCUUAAGGAUACUGGCAAGGAUGCAGUGAAUUGUACAUACAAGAAUGAGGAUGACUGUGUCGUCAGAUUCCAGUACUAUGAAGACUCUAGUGGAAAGUCCAUUCUCUAUGUGGUAGAAGAGCCAGAGUGUCCCAAGGGUCCUGACAUCCUGGUGGUCCUGCUUUCAGUGAUGGGGGCCAUUUUGCUCAUCGGCCUUGCUACUCUGCUCAUCUGGAAGCUUCUCAUCACCAUCCAUGACCGGAAGGAGUUUGCUAAAUUUGAGGAAGAGAGAGCCAGAGCAAAAUGGGACACAGCCAACAACCCACUGUAUAAAGAGGCCACAUCCACCUUCACCAACAUCACCUACCGGGGCACUUAAUGACAAGGAGUCAUCCUCAGAUCACUAUCAGGCUGUCCCAGAACUGUGGACAUCUCUGCUGUCAUGUUUACAGGGAACGAUAUCUUUGGGGCGGGAUGGAGGACUGGGUGUGGGGUGGGUCAGAAGAACGUCAGUCAGUGGAGGCGUGGGUCUCUGUGCAUGUGUUACGUGUGAGUGUGCUGCGUGUGGGGGAGUGUGUAAUUUAAAACUUGUGGUGUGUCCCAGGUAAGUGGAGCGCCUCAGCCUUCAUCCACAGAAUGCCUCCUUCAGGGAUUCUUCCUGCUUAACCUGAGGGUGACUGACACAGCUGAGCAGGUGUUCUACAUGACCUCAGAGAGAAGCCAGCUUUCCUUUUCAGGACAUUUUUUCCUGAGGAGGAGGGCAGAGCUGAACCUCUCAUUCCAGAGGAAGGGGCCUUGACUCCACUCUGAGUUCAUGGUUCCUGGGCCUGACGCUCAGUGGCUCUGAUAGCAACUGCUUGGCUUGGAAGCCUUGUUGCAUCAUCUGGACCUUUAUCUCCUUUCCCUUCCCUCAGGCUGAAGGAGAAAUUGAAGGCAAGCUGAACCCUCAGAGUUGCCUGUGCCUUUUGCCAUCACCUCAAUCCAGUGUGGUUCUCUCAUGAGGGGAGUUCUUGCCAGCAGUUCUAUGGGGAGUGAGGAUGGUAGGGCCACUCAGGGGUCAUGCAUGGCCUGGAUGAAUGUGCCAGGGUCCCCCAGUUCAUCAUCAUCACCCUUCAGAUGGGUCUCAUAGGCAGCUCCGCCCUGGUAGUUCCUUUAGAAGAAGUGUGUCACCCUUAGAACAGCAUCACUUCUCUACCUUCGACUGCCACACUCUCACUGCUGUAGACAUUUGCUACAUACUGGGGAUUUCUUUCAUGACCAAACACUUUUCCUUUGGAGGGGGAAUUGCUGUAAUUAGAGCCAGAGGUCUGGCCCCACCCUUCAGGCCCUCCGUCCCUCCUCCAAGACACCUCUACACCAGCGACCUGGUGCUUCUGUAUGCUACGUCCAUCCAUGUGGCUGAUUGCAUUUAUCUACCUCUUGGCUGUCCUUGGGGGAAGGAAUUGUUCCCAUGGGUCUCUGAGUCUGCUGAGCACAAGUUCCACGUUUGACAUGCUGGGCCAGUUGUAUCAGCAUGUGUGGCCUGUCCUCCUGUGGGCUGGGCUACCUCAUUUUAGCUCAGCCUUUAAUCUGAGAGGCCACAAGUACAAUUUUAUUUUAUUUUUCUUAUUGGGUCACCUGAAACCAUGAUGAGGCUUGCUUAAUCUAAAGGAAUACGUAUAGGAACACACUUGCAUUGUAUCUGUAAUUUUAUUUGGUGGUGAGGAAGGAGAGUGUU